CUCGUCAUCAUCGGCGCCGGCCCUCACGCCCUCGCGCUCGCCGCACGCCUCUCCGAGCCGCACCCGGCCGCGCUCUACUCGGACCUCGAGCACGCACGCCUCGCGUGGCUGCAGCGCGAGGAGCGCGGACGGGAGCGCCGCAACCAGGCGGUGCGGCGGCAGAGCGUCAAGGGGCACUGGGCGGCGAGGAAGCUCGUCGAGCCUGCGACGGCGACGCUCGCCGGCGCACGCCCCGGCCCCGAACGCGCUCCUUCUUCGCCCGGUGGCACCUCGUCGGCGCGUCCGGCGAUCCAGGUCCUCGACAGCUCGUCGUCCGCGUGGCUCGGCCGGUGGGACAGCUUCUUCUCGGGCCUGUCGAUCGAGCACCUGCGCUCGCCCAUGCUGUUCCACCCGGCGCCGGCCGACGUCAACGCGCUCGUCGCGUACGCGCAGCGCGAAGGGCGCGAGAACGAGCUCCUGCCGAUCAAGGGCGUCGUCGGCGCCGAGCUGAGCAAGCACCAGCGCAAGAAGCGCCCGCAGCGCGUCGGACGAGCGCCCAUGAUCAACGAGCGCGAGCGCGAGGACUACCACCGCCCGUCGUCGGCCCUGUUCCGCUCCUUCAUCGAUUCGGACCUCGUCGACCGCUACUCGCUCGCGCCGCCCUCACCCUCGCCGCCGCUCGUCGCCCAUACGACCGUCACGUCCGUCUCGUACGAGGUCGUGCACGUGCCAGGCCGAGAGCCCGAGCGAGGGUUCGUCGUCCGGUCGACGAGGCCCGACGGCGUCGACGAGGUGCGCGGCGCGAGGGCCGUCGUGCUCGCCAUCGGACCGAGCUGCACCCCGAGCGUGCCGCGCGUCAUCAGCGAGGCGGCCGGCGGGUGGUGCCACUCGACGGCGUUCGCGAUGCCUGGGUGUGGGCCGAUGGAUGGCCUGCUCGGCGAGCGAGUCCGGCAGGGCAAGCCGGCGCGCGUCGUCGUGCUUGGAGGAGGCCUCACGUCGGCGCAGAUCGUCGACUCGCUCAUCAAGGCCGGCGUGCAGCACGUCACUCUCCUGAGCCGCUCGCAUAUCAAGGUGUCGGCCUUUGACUUUCCGCUCUCCUGGGUCAGCAAGUACGCCAAUCUCGACAAGAUGGCGUUCUUUGGCGAGAGCUGCCCGCACGCGCGUCACGCCAUGAUCCGCCAGGCGCGCAACGGCGGGUCGGUCAACGCCCACUUCUACAGCAUCCUCAAGCGGCACGUCAAGAGCGGCCGACUCGACCUGCGCACCCUCACCGAGGUCGAGGACGCGCACCUCGACGCCGCCGCCGUCAAGUGGACGCUGCGAGUGCGCACGCGCCUCGUCGACAAGGCGCACCUCGCCGUGCCCGGCGCGCCGACCUCGAUGCCCGACACGCUCGCCGACGUCGACCACGUCGUGUGCGCGACGGGGAGCGCGCUCGACCUCGCCGGCGUCGAGUGCGUGCGACCGCUGCUCGAGUGUCACCCGGUCGAGCUCGUGCGGGGCCUGCCGAGGUUGACAAGCGACCUGCAGUGGCGCGAGGACGUGCCGUUCUUCGUCGCUGGGGCGUACGCCAUGCUCGAGCUCGGCCCCGACGCCCUCAACCUGUCCGGCACCCGCCCCGGCGCCGAGCGCAUCGCG